AUGACUUUGACUCAGCUAGCCAAAAAAUGCAAGAACGAGGCAAUCCUGAGCAAUGUGCGAGAUGAAUUGCACAGCCUCACUCAGGGCAAAGACUCCGUUGGAGAGUUUGCACGUAAAGUCUUGGCGAAGGCCAAAGUUGCUUGCCAGGGCCAGGAUAAAAAGCUUAUAUCGCAAGUAGCUAUCGAUGUUUUCAUCAAAGGUUUGCAUAGCGAUAUAAGGAAGGCCGUUCUUAGACUUCCGCAUAAGAAAGAUUUUGAAGAGGUGGUCACUAGCGCGGAAAAAGAGGCUAGGAUUUUAGACCAAGAAUGUGUAAGAUCAGGAUGA